GAACUAGUACAGCAGCGCGCAACAGGUACAAGAGGUACUCACAGAAUCACUUCCCUGGGCAUCACAACCACGGGAACCAGGGAAGAAAUGCUCCUUUCUUUAGGCUUGACAUAGCUAUCGCCACCGGGGAACCAGCUCAAGACUAUCUAUGAACGCGUCUGCGUUCUGCAGCCACUGCUCCUGCUGACAGCAGACCAGGAUAACAUGGCCCCAAAUUCCAUCCACUGGUUCCGAAAGGGACUCCGUCUCCAUGAUAAUCCAGCGCUACAGGAAGCAAUCCGCGGGGCGGGAACAGUGCGCUGCAUUUACUUCCUGGACCCAUGGUUUGCUGGCUCUUCAAACGUUGGGGUGAACAGGUGGAGGUUUCUCCUCCAAUGUUUGGAAGAUCUGGAUGCAAAUCUUCGGAAGCUCAACUCCCGCCUUUUUGUCAUCAGGGGCCAACCAGCCAACGUGUUCCCAAGACUCUUUAAGGAGUGGAAGAUCUCUCGGCUGACUUUUGAGUAUGAUUCAGAACCAUUUGGAAAGGAGCGAGAUGCUGCCAUCAAAAAGCUGGCUAUGGACGCAGGGGUGGAGGUCAUCAUCAAUAUAUCCCACACCCUAUAUGACCUGGACAAGAUCAUCGAACUCAAUGGUGGACAACCUCCUCUUACAUACAAGCGUUUCCAGACCCUGAUCAGUCGCAUAGACCCACCUGAGAUGCCCGUGGAGAUGCUGUCAGACAAACUGAUGGGUCAGUGCGUCACCCCCAUCUCUGAAGACCACGGAGAAAAGUAUGGGGUUCCAUCGCUGGAGGAGUUGGGUUUUGACACAGAAGGCCUACCAUCUGUUGUGUGGCCGGGAGGGGAGACUGAGGCACUUACCAGGAUAGAGCGCCAUCUGGAGAGGAAGGCAUGGGUGGCUAAUUUUGAGCGUCCCAGAAUGAACGCCAAUUCGCUGCUAGCAAGCCCAACAGGCCUCAGCCCCUACUUGCGCUUUGGUUGCCUGUCCUGUCGUCUCUUCUACUUCAAGCUUACCGACCUGUACCACAAGGUGAAAAAGAACAGCUCCCCUCCACUCUCCCUGUAUGGCCAGUUACUGUGGCGUGAGUUCUUCUACACUGCAGCAACCAACAACCCACGCUUUGAUAAAAUGGAAGGAAAUCCCAUCUGUGUUCGCAUCCCCUGGGACAAAAAUCCUGAAGCACUGGCCAAGUGGGCUGAGGCAAAGACCGGUUUCCCCUGGAUAGAUGCAAUCAUGACACAGCUGAGGCAAGAAGGCUGGAUCCAUCACCUUGCCAGGCAUGCUGUGGCCUGCUUCCUCACAAGAGGGGACCUGUGGAUCAGCUGGGAGGAAGGGAUGAAGGUUUUUGAGGAGUUGCUUCUGGAUGCAGACUGGAGUGUGAAUGCAGGCAGUUGGAUGUGGCUGUCUUGCAGUUCAUUUUUUCAGCAGUUUUUCCAUUGCUACUGCCCCGUGGGCUUCGGCCGGCGCACCGACCCCAAUGGGGACUUCAUCAGCCUCUGUCUUCCCUGUGUUUUCAGACGAUACUUACCUGUACUCCGAGGUUUCCCUGCUAAGUUCAUCUAUGACCCGUGGAACGCUCCGGAGUCUGUUCAGAAAGCAGCCAAGUGCAUAGUAGGCGUCCAUUACCCAAAGCCCAUGGUGCACCAUGCAGAGACAAGCCGGCUCAACAUCGAGAGGAUGAAGCAGAUCUACCAGCAGCUGAGCCGAUACAGGGGAUUGGGCCUGCUGGCAUCAGUCCCUUCCACCAAUGGGAGUGGGAACGGAGGAAUUAUGGCUUACUCUCCUGGAGACCAGCAGCCAGGGACCAACAACAACACACAUAUGCCUGGAGUGUCCGGAGGUGCAGCUGCAACAGGUAAUGGGAGCAUCCUACUCAACUUUGACAGUGAAGAACGGACAACACCUGCUAGUGUUGCACAACGACAACCUCUGCAACAAAAUCAGCAACAGCAUGGAUACCACUCAGUGCCAGAUGUUAGCCAGACCAUCACCAGCACCCGUCUCUGUCAUGAGUUUGCUGUGCCUCAGCACCCAGGACUCUUCGCACACACCAGGGGUGGCAUCACAGGGAAGCGGGAGCGUGAAUCGGAACGUGAAAGAGCUGGAGAAGAAGAUCUGGCGUCCUGCUCUUUGCACAAAAUGCAGAGGCAGAGUGCAGAGGCUACCUAGCACAUGGAAGUGAGACUGAAUCCACCUGGCCAGACAGAUGAAAGUCCAAUGUCACCACCUGUGCUCCAACACCUGCAGCAGCUCCAAAAAUGACCAAUUGCUCCUCAGUACAGUGCAACUCAAAAUGCUCUUUUGUCUUUUUGCUCAGACAUUUCCCAGGGUAAAAACAUAAAGGUGAAAAUAUGAGUUCUGACCCAUACUUUCUACAAAGUAGAAUAAAAAAUUAGAUGAUUCUUUGCCACUUUAAACGGCACAAGAACAAGAGUGACAUUAGAAAAAUGUGUUUAGAAACAAAAAACCUCAAACCCACAAUGCAAAAUGUGAAUUCAGUUCGUGUGUGUGUGUGUGUGUGUGUGUGUGUGUGUGUGUGUGUGUGUGUGUGUGUGUGUGUGUGUGUGUGUGUGUGUGUGUGUGUGUGUGUGUGUGUGUGUGUGUGUGUGUGUGUGUGUGUGUGUGUGUGUGUGUGUGUGUGUGUGUGUGUGUGUGUGUGUGUGUGUGUGUGUGUGAGAUCAAGGUCUUAAAACUGCUGCCUCCAGCCAUUUUAAACGGUAUCUACAGUGAUGAGCAGCUAAACAGGUCAGUAAUAGAUUAUUUUAUAUUAUUAUAUUAUAUUCACAUUAACACAGGUAGGUGAUAGUUCAUACUGUCGAACAGAAAAAAAAACUGUAUGUCACAGUUACAAAGAAAAAAUACUGUUUUAUAUUUAUUAUAAAUAUUUUUAACUGGUUUUAUUUUAGUCUUGUCAAAACAAAAUUCCUUGUAAAAAGACAACAACUUGGACAUUCACUAAAAUAAUUCACUAGAUGUUCAGAUUCUUGCAUGUAUAGUGUUACCAUAAAGUUAUAAAUCCUGAUUAUACCAGAUAAGUAAAUAAAAAUCUAUGUUUUCAAUGUGGUAAUGAUAUAGGUAUUUUCAGGAAAAAUAGAGAAAUUUCUCAGCUUCUCUGUCUGUAGGUUGCAUGUAAAUAAGCAGUUCUCAGACAUUGAGGUCCCAUCGCUGGGAAAUCACAAAAACCUGCUAAAGUCAUAAGCUACGCUGCUGAACUGACUUUGUGGUAAAUACUACUCUCUGGUUAAUAAAUGAGAAUUUUUUAUUUGUAUCGGCAGCUAAGAACAACAAUUGUUACUUUUUUCAGGAAGUACUGAAGGCAAAGACUAAAUGCAUUAAUGUUUUAUUUACACGCACAGACACACACACACCUGUGUGUGUGUAUGUGUGUGUGUGUGUUUGUGCGCGUGCAAACCACCACCACCACACCAAUUUCCAUUUUUGGCCAGUUGGCCUUAGGGUGUACGGGGGAUUAGUCAGGCAUAUUUUUGUCAAAUCCCUCAGGCUGUGAGAGAACUACGGGAAGUGGCAUGAUUAUGAUUAUGAAUUCCUUAGUUGCUUUAUCUGUUGGAUUUUUUUUUUCUUAGUCAUUUCUUUUUAUUAUCUAGAAAGUGAAAUGGUGCAUCUCUAUGAGCUCAUCAGAAAUGCAAAUGUUGCAUAAGAGCCAAAGGAAAUAUAAUUUACUUUUAGGCUUUCCAGUUAUUCCUCUUUUGAGAAGUAGUUUCUGCUCAAUUUACAUCCCGAUCUUAACAUUAAAUGGCAUGUAGAUUUUAAGGGUUCCCAUCAGUCAUAAGCAAAAUCUGUUUGCUGUGUUCUGCAGAAAAUUUCCUUUUUUUCUGUUCAUUAUGACAUUUAAGUUAGACAUUUAAGAUUUAGUUAUACUGGCUUUGCGAUUCUCAUUAUUUGCCAUCUAAAGUACUUGUUUUUUGUUAUAGCAACAAAAUAUAGUAUGGAACAAUUUCAUAUAUUAUUUUUUCAUCCAUUCAUCGUACAGCUGAUGACCCUCUUCAGGGUUGUUUUUUUUUUCUUUUGUUUGGUUGUUUGUUUCUAGACUAUGCCCCUGUCAGUCAUAUUUUCACCUUUCUGUUUCUCCCGAUAAAGCAAAUAGAUUAUCUGUGUGAAAUGAAGAAAACAACAUUAUUUGGAGUACCCCAGAGGCACUCAGAUACAUUUCUUGCUGUACAACAAACUAAAAACCAAAUAAUAAAUAGGGUGAUGUGAUUUCACUUGAGGGCAAAGUAUUCUGGAGUUAAAUGCAGUCUCCUCUCAAAGGUGUCACAUUUUUUUCUAAGAUUUCUAAUAAAAACAAAAAAAUCCCUAGACAAAAAAAAAAGGUAAAAAAAAUAAUAAAAUAAAACUGUUAACUUCAGUUGACACAGUAUAUGUCUAAAUGAGCCUACCGGUAAUUCUCAACAAAACAGAAACCAACAUUCCUCAUACCCUCCUAAUAAAGGUUUUCAAUUAUUAGACAAGGCAUUAAACAAUGCAUAGCUACAGUAUAUCUGACAUUUUGCAACCUGGAUUUAAAUUGAAAUCUUGAAAUUGAAAUCGUACAAAACUGGAGAACAUAAACAAAUGGCUUUCACAAUAUGACCUCAAUGAUAUGAUGGUCGAUAUUAAACAAAGGAAAAAAUAAGCAAAAUCGCCCUAAUGUUUAUGGAAGAAAUGUAACAACGUUGGAAAGACGAACAUGGUACCAUAAGGUUCUAUACACUCCAUCAUCACCUUUACUCCUACAGAGUCUUAUUGAACUGAAGAAUGUACGACCCCCUCAUAACCUACGGGAAGCCUCUAGAUUUAUGCUAUUAAUUCCCCCUGACACACCCUGAAACACCUACACGCAUACCGAUACACACAUCAACUAAAUUACAGCUUGAUGUAUUCACCUACACUCUUGUAAAGAUGUACCAUAGAUUCUUUGACAUAACCACUCAAAUAAUGGGGUAAAAAUCUGUUAAAUCAACACAAUGCACCAAGAAAUUAAUCCUGACGUUUUUCCAUUUUUUAUUUCUGAAAGUCAACACUUUCUCGAUGUUUUCUUAUAAAAGCUUUCCUUUCUAAUAAAAGAGGUGGGCGUCCCCAAAAAGCACCAAGCCUUUUAUGCAAAAGAUCUGGAGGAAGUGUUGACUGUGUUUGAACAGCAGCAAUUCAGGAAAAAUUUAGUGGAACUGACGAAGUCAGUCAUAAUAAUAUUUAGAAUUUAUGAUACAUGCCACAUAUCGAUCAUGUGAUCGUGGGCUUUACAACAAGAAAGACAUACAUGCCAAAUGUUUGAAAGCAUAAUAAACCCUCACAUACUAACAGAUACAACAGUAUUUACAGCAAUGCCACAAGUCACUUAAAAUCUGAACUGUUAUGACAUGACGUGUACUACAAACCAAUGUUUGACAGGAGAAGACGGAUCAAAGCCAAGUCUGCUUUUUCAGAUCUUUGCCCCAUUUAUUCAUACUGUCACUAUAAAAACACAAUCUUCUGUGAAGUGACUAUAUGGAACUAAAUAGUUAGUGUUUACUUCUUUGUGUCGGAUUUGAAAUCACCAAAUUAUCAGCAAAAUAAUUUUCUGAAACUGUAGACACUGAAAUAAUAAUUUGUAGAACUUAUUGAUGGUUAAACAACAAUAAUUCUUGAAAAUUGUAUCAGAAAAGAAGCAUUUUAACGGUGAAAUGACUCUUGAGAAUAAAUGACUGGAAGUGUAGGACUCCUCCAAAUGCUUCUUAGCUCCUGGACUCCUGUGAAAGUUCUGAUUUCAGCAGUGCUGUGCUGACUUGUAUCUGUGUAUAACAUUUGAUAUUUGCUCAUCUGUGAUUGUACUGCCCUCUCUUCUAGGAGUAAAGUGUGUGUGAAUGCCUGUGUGUGGGAGGGGGGGGUGGUGGGGGUGUAUUAUAGUGUUUAUGUAUUCUGUUUGUUCUCUAAGGGAUUUCAGCAUUACAGGUUUAAUUUUGUUUUUGUUUUUUGUAGCGCUUACCUCUAUGGAUAAAUAAGUUAAACAAGUUCUUAUUCUUGAUUUUGCUUUCUUUCACUUUCUGUGACAUGAAGGUGAAACACAUGCCAUCUAUCAUUUCUGUAAAAUUAUGCUCUUUCUCUUUCUCUCCUUGUGUUGUGAAAGGCUUUUUUAAUGUGCUUGAUCACAUUCAUGACAAGAAAUUAAAAUUGAUACAACUUU